AUGUCUAUAAAAGUUUUAGUUCUUUUCUUAGAUUCUUCACUAAAUUUUCUUUUAGACAAAUACUGUUUGUUGCAUGCGGUUAUGGCUUUAUGUAAUUAUUUCCUUAUUAAUUCUAUAGUUUUAUUUUUAUUAAAUUUCAUUUACACACUUUGGAUGUCAGUCUUAGAUCGUUUUUUUUUCAAUCUUGACAAAACCGCCUUCGGGUUUUCUUUAAGCCAUACAACAAUAGAUGUCCCAAUGGGUCCCGAAAAAGAUUUUUAA